AUGUCUGAGUCUUCUACAAAAAAGCAGCGCACGCAAUCACCAUUUGCCCCAGCGGUCAACGAAUUACACAACUUCAAGCGCACAUGGCCCAACUGGUGCACCGUGGAGUCUGAACCGGUUAUUUGGACUCAGCUGUUGCGAGAUGUCGGUGCGCGGAAUACUGAAGUUGUAGAAGUUUAUACUAUUGAUGAAGAGGGCUUCGCAGUUGUAACGCCUGCUCAUGGUAUCAUAUUCUGCAUGGUUUUCAACACAAAGUACGAUCCAUCGGAGCAAGAAGUUGUCUGUCCCGAGGGACUUUGGUUCGCAAAUCAAGUCGAAGACAAUGCUUGUGGGACCUAUGCGAUCAUGAAUAUAAUCAUGAACUCUCCCGACGUUGAGCUGUCUACGGAACUUACCAAUUUUAAAGAAUACAGUAAGGCUCUUACUCCGCCACACAAAGGCCUUGCCGUAGCCAGCUUUGAAUUCCUAAAGAGUGCGCACAAUUCGUUCGGGCGUAGAACCGAGAUGGAUGACCUGGAUUUGAACCAGGCCGACGCCUAUAAAGCCUCGAGGCGGGGUAGGUCUAAGUCUGAAAAGAGGAAGAAAGGCAAAAAGAAUGCCGAUGAAGACGACGAAGAUGGAGAGAUUGACGAGGAUAACAUGGCGUAUCAUUACAUCGCUUAUGUCCACGUCGACGGUGCGAUUUGGGAGCUCGAUGGCUUGAAAAGACAGCCUGUAAAAUUCGAAACCUGCGAACACAAAGAUUGGCUCAAGGCUAUAGGCCCCAGACUUCAUGAGCGUAUCGCAUUAUAUCCCAAGACUCUUGAGCGUUUCACCUGCCUGGCACUCGUUCCUGAGCGCCUCCCUAUUUACCGCAAAGAACUUGUUUUCAAUGCAAAGAUUCUGGGUGCUAUCGAAGCACGACUCCAAGAGGUUAACCCUGAAUGGCACAGCUUCGUUACCAAAGAUUCACACGAGGGCAUCUACACCGAAGCUCUGACCGAAUCUGUGGAAGAAUCUGCCGAGGUCCUCAAGAUCAAGUCUCUCACCAGUAGUGAGACUCUCAUUGAGUACUAUAAUAAAUUUUGUAUUGAACAGAGGGACAUUAAGCACAAGAUCUCCGAAGCCGAAAAGGAAGCGUAUGAGAAUUCUGUCACAACUGAGAGAACCAGACACGACUACGAGCCUUUCAUACGUGAAAUGUCAAGGAUUUUGGCAAGGAAUAAGCAAGCAAGGGACAUUCUCGAGCCGGACUGGGCAGAAAAGGCCACGAAGAGGAAGAAGAGGGGUGUUGCGAAUAGAUCCGCGCGCGGUCGACCUAGGAGCAAAAACUAA